AUGUUGAAAUUCAAAAAUAAAUUCAAAUUUGGUUCAUCCAAUUCGUCAUCACCAUCAUCAUCGGAAAAGCAAGGGUCUCAUUCCCCUUCCCCAUCCCCUCAUAGAUCAGCUUCACCAGUUGUUGGAACUCCAGAGUCAAGAAAGACUUUGUCAGCAUCGGAAUUGUCUCAAGAUAUUCUGAAAUUAACCAUUACUGAGACUUCUGGAAAUAACACAUCCAAAGCCAAGACCGGAGGAGAAGCAACAACAGCAGGACAUAUUCACGACACUACUGGUGGUGCUCCAAGUUCUGUUCAACAACCUCCACAAUCUACCGUUUCGGAAUUAACCAACAACACUGACGAUUCCCCAUUGUCGUCUCAAAAUGUCUCAAUUCAAGGAGGGUAUACUUCCUCAUCUGCAUCUUCAGCUAUGACUGAUAAUCAAGAACAACAACCAACACCUACCACUAUGAAUUCAACUCCAGGAUUAUUGACAGUUAAGAUUUAUAAUUCAAAUAAUAUUCAAUUACCAAUUAAGAUUAAUAAUAGUAAACAAAUUUUACAUGCUUUAGCUAUAAAUUCAAAUAAUGAAACUGUUGGACAACAAUUAUUAAAGAAUUUAGCCAAUUUAGAAAAACCAGAUAAUAAUCAUCAUGAGUAUUUACCGGGAUCAAUUGCUACUAAUUUCUUACCUUCAAUAAUCACCAUUCCAAAUAAUGAAAAUUUAGUUAAAUCUUUGUUGUAUUUAACCAUUGAAUUUGAUAAUAAUGUAUUGGUAAUUGAACCUCAAAAGGGAACAGUUAAUCAAUCUACUUGGAAUCAAGUAGUUUCAUUCGAUGUUACCAAGAAAUCAUCAUCCCAAGAUAGUAAUACUGAAAUUGGAUCAAAUUUCUUAAAUUUGAAUUUAUUCAUUAGAUUACCAAAUAUGUUGAUUCCAGAUGGUGAAAAAUCUUCCAAGAAACAUUUAUUUACCAAUUCCCAAAAUAUUGGAUCAGGAUCAUCUGGAUCAUCUCCAGCAAAUAUUGGUGAUUUAUUAAUUGGUACAAUUAAAUUACCAUUAAAUUUGAAAUAUCAUACUAAACAAAUUAGAUUAAUGAAUCAUGAAUAUUUAAAAUUCUCAAAUUAUAAUACAAAUUUACAAGAUAUGAUUUCUAAUGAAAUGGGAGAAAUAAUGUUAACUAUUGAAUUUAAACCAAUAUCCAAAAAACAACAUCUUUCAAUUGAAGAUUUUGAUUUAUUAAAAGUUAUCGGUAAAGGAUCAUUUGGGAAAGUUAUGCAAGUAGUUAAGAAAGAUACAAAACAAAUAUAUGCUUUGAAAACAUUACGUAAACAACAUAUUGUUUCAAGAAUGGAAGUUACUCAUACAUUAGCUGAAAGAACAGUAUUAGCUCGGAUUAAUAAUCCAUUUAUUGUUCCAUUAAAAUUUUCAUUCCAAUCUCCAGAAAAGCUUUAUUUAGUAUUAUCAUUUAUUAAUGGAGGUGAAUUAUUUUGGCAUUUACAACGAGAAGGGAAGUUUUCCAUGGAUAGAUCAAGAUUCUAUAUUGCUGAAUUAUUAACUGCAUUAGAAUCUCUUCAUGACUUAAAUGUCAUUUAUCGAGAUUUAAAACCCGAGAAUAUUUUAUUAGAUUAUCAAGGUCAUAUUGCCCUUUGUGAUUUCGGAUUAUGUAAAUUAAACAUGACUAAUGAAGACAAGACAUCUACAUUCUGUGGAACUCCGGAAUAUUUAGCUCCGGAAUUAUUAUUGGGUCAAGGUUAUACAAGAAGUGUUGAUUGGUGGACAUUAGGUACUUUAUUAUAUGAAAUGUUAACUGGUUUACCCCCAUUCUAUGAUGAUGAUGUUCCGGUAAUGUAUCAAAAGAUUCUUAAGAAUGAAUUAAAAUUCCCAGCAUUUUUACAAGGAACUGAUGCUCAAGAUUUAUUAAUUAAAUUACUUCAAAAAGAUCCAAAAUAUAGAUUGAAUGAUGCCCAAGAAAUUAAAGCUCAUCCAUUCUUUAAAGAUAUUGAUUGGAAUAAAUUAUUAAAUAAAAGUUAUUUACCUCCAUUUAAACCAAAUGUUGAAAAUUUAUUAGAUACUUCAAAUUUUGAUCAAGAUUUUACUAAUGAAAAACCUCAAGAUUCAGUUGUGGAUGAUUUCUUAACUGAAAGUGUUCAAAAACAAUUUGGUGGUUGGACUUAUAAUGGUGACAACGUGUUAUAG